CUUAUCCAUAUUCUAAGUAUCUGUUUAACCGAAUCUAGAAAGGGCGCCUUGCCAGAAUACCUUACGCAUUCUAAUCAGAAAAGCAUUUUUUAAGCUCUAACAAAGCGAAUUAAUAAAAUGUUCCCCUCUCUGCGGCUUUUCAAGGCUUUUGUUAUCGUAGUUAUUACAGAUUCCAAGCGUUUGAUUUUAUCAUUACCUUUGUAUUCAAGUCUGUAAAAGCUUCACCAAACGUUUUUAGUUUUUUCUUUUUUCAUAUUGCUAUCUAUGGUUCAUUUUUUAGCCAUAACUUGUUCUUGAUACAUGUGUAAAAUGCAUUGAUAAAAUCUAGGGAUGGUUGUUCGUGGUUUAACCGUUUCUAAUUUCUAACCUUCUAUCAAACAGAAAACACAUCAGAAUUUCUGUUUUAAGAAUCUGUCGUUAGUUUUAAAUGUCUAGUGUGUAAAAGAGCAAAUCUUAUUCAGAAAUGUUAUUGUAACGAAAAUCAAGUUUGAGAUAGCACAUUGUCGCCUAGAGCCCCUAACAAGCGAUUUCAAACUAAAAAUAUGGUCGGUAACAUGUACCAUCAUCAAGAUUUGUUAAACUUCCUCCGUAGCUGUGAACUGUAGCUGAACUGUAGUUUAGAUACUUCAAUGGUAUAAAUUAUUUAUCAUUUUUAUUUAUCAUUUUUAUUGUAAAAUGCAAUGUGUAAGGUAUUUUCGGUUGAGCGUUGAUCUUGUUGUGGUCGUUAUGUUUCUUAUGUGCACCUUCCACUCGGUGAAGGCUGUCUUAUAGAGUUUGCCAGAUGUGUCGCUUUUCAGCUACUUUAACAUUUUCUAUCAAAAUAUAUUCUUUUAUUAUUUUCGAGAACAUUUUGUUGUUUGUUUUUUAACUCUACUAGGGGUUAAACUGCGAUAAAUACUUAUUCAACAUAGGGUAGUCUAUUAUACAUGUUCAUGAUGUCUAUCAUUUGUCUGCGCUUCCUACUACCUUGACCACCUCCAUUUCUAGGUAUUUUUAUUGUAUUUUUUUUUUCCGUGGGCAUUUUGGGUUGGAUUUGAAAAAAGAAAUUAUUUUAUCGUUUAUAGAACUGACUUAGGUGGCAUAUUGCAAGUUUGAGUUGCAUUUAGAUCAUCAUUAAUCCAGUCCCUUCUUUAUCUUUAUCCCUUCUUCUAUAUCCUCAAAAAGGUCCCAUUAUUAAACUUGAAUGAAAUCCUUUUUCCGAUGUUUUAUAUAAAUGAUAAAUGUGCUUCAUAAACUUUUCCUUGGUGUAUUUUACCUACUGCCCACGCUAAAAAGGCAUGGUUGUUAUGCACCUAUUUCAAAGAGCAAACGGCAACAGAGGGUAGCUCUGCUAUAAAAAACACACACAAAAUACCACAAGUCUCGCCAUAUACUAAAUGAAGGAAAAUGCAAAUAAAUAAUGCGUAUUUUUUUUAAAGAUAUCGCUCAUACACAUCAGAUGUUCCCAAAUCUCUUUUGCCAUCAAAGCAUUUUUUUCAUAUAAAUGAAUAAAGUGUCUUUGUGUAUUUUAAAAUUUAAUUCAUAGACCACAAACUCUUUUUAUACUUGGGACUUUCAUAGUAUUUCCAUUCGAAUGCCAAAGUCAUAAUUUGUUUGUAGCCUUGACCGUGCUUUACAUAUCAGAUCUCUAUAUCCCCUGUUCUACAACUUUCACCCCCACUCAUUUGCUGUUCUAUUUGAUUUCCUAUUUUUAUUUAUGACUUCAAGUAGUCUAAAAAAUAAUACAGUCAAGACCUAUUCAGGUUUUACAUCAUGAGCAAAAUAUGACCUCCAAGAUAGUUGAAAAUGAUUUUAUCUUGCACAAGUCAGGCAUAGACUAGUGAUACCAGUCAAGGUUUUGAAUUCUCCUUGGGCUGCUUUUGUAAAGCUUGAACCGUUUUUAUUUUAUUUUUCUAUACUUGCUCUGUUAUAAAUUCAUUUUUAGCAUGCUCAAUGCAUUUAGUGAUGUUUUAUUUGAACAACAUUUUGUGCAGGCCACUUUGUGUUUUAUCUUGAGAAUUAUAUUUACACUUAACAGUCCUUUUGCCUUUAGCCCCAUAUCAAACAUAUAUACGCGGGGAUUCCUGUGGAAGCAUAUAAAAGAGGGUCCCUGGGGCCUAUUCAAAACGACUUUCACGAAAAGAAGAAAAAAUCCGAAAAUUGGCUAAAUUUCGUCUAAAUUUAACGCUCACGUGACGCCCUGACGUGAUAAAAGGUCUGCAAUGCCAAAGCAGCAGUUUUUUUUUUAUAAAAACCUUUUUUUAUAAGAACGUCCAGCCUAAAUAAUAACAUUCUAAGAACAUGCCGAGGAUCAGAUAAAAGAAAAGUAUAGCUUUUGUUAGUCUGAUCCGUUCUUAAUAUGCAGAAUCAAAUUGUUUUCAUAAUAACAACGUUUAACUGUUUUAUUUCUGUAAUUCUCUUCCUAGUAAUUCAUUGGAGAUUAUAUCUUCAUAUAAAAUUUAAGAAGAUCUUUAAGAACAUUUUCAGCCAUAAAAUGCUAAAAAAAUAAGACCCAGGCCGGCCCGGACUCUACAGAAAAUUAAACGUUCUUAUAAAAAAGUGCAUCAAUAAAGUAGACAAUACCUCUUGAAUGGGUAUCAACUCGAAAUAGGAUCAAUAAGGUCAGUUAAACUGGGUCUUGAUUGGCCUUUUGGUCAUACAAAUAUGGUAAUUUUUUUCCUGAAUUCGCUUUCAAUGCUCAAUUUCUUGCGCUCUGGUGACUUCCUCGAACAAUAUUGUAUAAAAACAUCGCAUAUAUUUUCACAGCUGAUUUCAUUACAGUUUUAUGAUUUGUUUUCCUCCCAUUUCUCCCGCGAUUACAGCACCCUCCCAAGGCGUAAAAACUUAAUUUGGGAAAAUUGUCACGUUUUUCAUCACGUUUUAAUUCAGUCACGUGUAUUGUGCUUUUAUAUGUACCGUUUGAAAAAGCUUGUGCUUCGUUAACGUGUUUCGUUGUCCAAUGCGGAGUCCUUUGGUCCUUAUUCUUAUAUAAAAUAACUAAGAAAUACCAGUCUUCACCGCAAAGUCUCGUGUCAGGUCGCCUUUUUAUGCGCAUGCAUAAUAAAUGACGCUCAGGACCGAAUACAUUACGGUCAUUAUACUGAGUUCGCAGCUUUUUCCCGUCCGCGUGAGUAUUAUCCAAUAGUUUGCUCCGUUGGUAAUAGCACAAGCAUUAACGAGCAAGGAGGGUCUCAUGAAUUUCUACAUUGGUUGGAAGGGUGUUGCUUGCGACUCCGAGUUUCUUCCCCUAGUUUAUCUAGAUGCUCAAGCCAUCAUUUUCUCUAUUAACCCGGACCGUAAAAGCAGCAGCCCGAGUCUGUAAUUUCAUAACACACGCACCUAAAGCGAAAAUUUACGCCCAGUUUGUGGUCUUGCGACCUGCUGUACCCCGUGCUAGGAUGGACAAAACUACGGCUAGUGAGCUAUUGGUCAAUCAUUCUACAGAGAAAACUGAGAGUGGCUCUAUCUAGCGCCGCCAAGUUUUUGAUGACAUAUUUAAAGGUCUUAAUCUUUCGAACAAGUUAACGAACUCUCUGCUCAAAUUCCUACAAUCUUGUAAAAUUAUGGCUUAUAUAUUCGUGGAAAUCGCGCGGGCGUGAUCCUGAUGAUAAGAGUAACAGCAUAGGGAGUCAUUGACAAGAAGAUCUGAACUACGACCUUGAGAUUCUAUCCGCUUGACUGUUUCUACUAUCUAGGAAUUGCCUAUGUCUUCGCUGUAUGAAAUGGAGAGCUAUAAGGACAACAAAUCUGAGUCUGUAUCAGCCGUCUUCUUCCCGUUACCUUACGAGCCAAAAGAGACGAAAGACACUGAUUUCGAGCGUAAGUGGGCCAGACUCUUGAUGAAACAGGAUUCUAGCUCAAGUGUGCGGCGUCCACGGCAAUCCAAAGGCAGAGAAGAACUGACGGAUUCUGUAAACGUGUUUCAAGGGACCCAAGACUUAAAGAAAUUGUCAAAAGAGAUGGAAUCAGGUACUGGAACGUGGAAUAGGUCCUCGGAGCAAACACGCUGUGGGACCGAUUCGUCCCUGUUAAGGGAAAAUCACCGAGAGGACAGCCGAUCACGCAAAAGGUGCUUGAGUGAGGACGUCUUCGAGGGGAUGGAUCCAUACGAAAUUUGUGUAACAGAUAGAAGUGCAGAUCCCCAUCCAAACAUACGCACGAUACCGAACAUAUCCCUCGGGGCACCAUUCUCACGAAUCAAUAUAAGCAUCGUCCAUCCUGGAAGAAAAAUCAGCAUACGGACACUCGAAGGAAGAGAAAGCUAUUAUCCGGUCCCUAACGACAGCACACAAGGCUUGGUUUCUCUUGGCACUAGAACACUUGUCUCUGGUUCCACCUCUAAGAGACCGUACACCGCCGGAGAUUAUGGAUGGCCAGAGCAAGUAAACGGGUCGAGGCCAUUAUCCUUACUCCAUUUAAAUCGUAACUCUGCCUUUCAGAGAUACAAUCGAAGCCAAGAGAGAUCUUUAGAAGCCAAGCGAGUUUUUAGCAGGCAAGGAAUUCACAGAGACGAUUGGCCAUACGAGGCUCAUCCAUCCAACUAUAACAGCUCACAAUGGCAGCUCAACAGAGAACUCAACAAAGGAAGGUUUGAGCCAGAGUUUGUACAGAGUUCUGAAGUUCCACCCUUCCCAGCACGACACACCACCCAGGAUGUCAUACGAGAAAGACGUCCCAAUCUCCCAACACAAAGAUAUAACUUUUACUUAGAAGACUCUAAAAUGCAGCAGCAUAGCAGAGGUCCUCGAUAUUUGAGCCCGGAGGCACCAAUGGUCGAUCCGACCACUCAAUCCAUCCCCAUUUGCCUGGUCUGCAAUGACCGUGCGAGCGGCCGCCAUUAUGGUGUGAUGACGUGCGAAGGCUGUAAAGGGUUCUUCAAGAGGAGUGUACGCAGAAACAUGGUAUAUCAUUGCAUGUUCCGCGAAACUUGUAUCGUGGACAAGGUAUUGCGUAAUCGAUGCCAGAAGUGCCGAAUGGACAAAUGCCUCGCCGUUGGAAUGCAAAAAUCCGCUGUCCAGUACGAGCGGCGUCCUCUAAGCUGCUCCACCCGGACCAGCACACUCAGCUCAUCAAGCUCACAUUCCUCCACCCUUAAUAGCCCUGUCAUGGACAAGUCAAUUAUCGGCCCGGAGCAAGUGCCUUUGAGCUUAUCACUGCUCAACAUCGAGUGUCCAAAGGACUCAAUUGAAUACCUAUACGAGGUUAGUACGCGGCUUGUUCUACGUAGCAUCGACUGGGCACGUGGGAUUCCCGCAUUCCUCUCAUUACCAAGCCUGGAUCAAAUCACACUAUUAGAAGCUAGCUGGUCUGGGAUCUUUUGUCUUGGUGUUGUACAGUGUACAGAGAUAUUUCCUCUUGAUGUACUUUCUCGACUCGUCAAGAAGAAGUUUGCGUGUGCUGAUGACGACGACGCAGAGCAUGAUGGGAGGGGCGUGGCUUUUGUUAGCAAGUUGAGCCUGGGUCAGCGUCUUACUGCUAUGCGGAAUCUCAUAAGUAGCAUGCGUAGAAUGAGUGUUGACGCCACCGAGUUUGCGUACCUGAAAGGGCUUUUACUUUUCGACCCCGAUAAAGCAACUGUUAACAUAAAGCAGAUCACCGACCUCCAGGAAACAAUCAGCGAAUCACUUCAAAUCUAUCUGAGCAAGAGACAACCUCCUGAGACCACGCGAUUUGCCUCACUACUACUGCGGUUACCCGCCGCGCGCAUGCUCACACACGAAGUUCUUGAAGAAGUAUUCUUCCCUCCAGUCUUCAACAAUUCCAAAAUACUUUUGCUGAUUGCUGGUGCAGUAGGUGAUGCAGGGAGUACUUAGAUCACUGCCAAUCCCACCAAACGUGAACGUUCACGUGUUGUCGAUUGAUUCUCUUUUAGAGUUGUCUCAUGUCUGUAUACGAUAAACGAAAGGUAUCGAUGAGCACAUCAAUGCUUGCCAUUCGCGUGACAUAAGAUUGGGAAGGGCCGCCCUUAGCCGUGUAAGCGGUCUCAAUUCUUAUUGUGCCGCUGUAGCGAUAGGGACUGUCAAACACUAAACGUUUGUAAGGUACAAAUAAGCCAGUUUAUUAACAUAUGAAGUAACAGUAGGUUAAGUCCUGGCCGAGCAACAGGUGAAAGCCAAAAGGUUACCCAUGACAAUCAAUGGUAAAAAUAACAUGAAAUUUGAAGGGCGGUCCUCUCCCUUUUCUAUCGAACCUUGUGUAUCCCACAUGCUCGAUAGGCACACAAUCAUGUACUCAGAGAUGUACAAAAAGAGCAUUAUGUAAAUAAUAACAUAUCUAUUUUCUUUGAGAGAUCUAUUUUUUUUUUGAUAUUUUAAGAUUGUUUCGCUAUUAUUUUUUUCAUAUCUAGAAAAGUCUGAUAAAGCUAGUUAUUAUAUCUUUAUAGUUAUUAGUCUGAAAAAAAAAAUAUGUAAAGAUAAAUAUACCUUAAUUUUCCGCGAUUUAUUCGAUGAGUUGUAUUGAUAGAAAAAUUGGAAUGUUAGAUAUCAACCAGAGAUCCCCUAUGUCGCGAACCGCAUUUUCUCAUAGAUAUAAAACAAAUAGGUAUAAUCAAGCAUAGUUUUGUAAAGUUGUCGUUUCCUUGCUUAUGUACCUGUAAACAACUACUUUUUUAGCGGCAUAGCCAGGAUUUUUAACAGGAGGGGGCCCAAAAGGUCUCUUCAAGGCUCUUUUGUUUCAUACAUUUACUGUACUGUAUUUGGCUGGUAAAAGGGGACGCCCGGGCCCCCUGGGCCACCGCCCUGCCAACGACCCUGUACUAAUGCCCAUAAACAUUUAGAAGAAUUUCAAUGAACAGAAUUCUGCAAUUUAUACGUUACAUACAAAUAAGCCAUUGCGUUUUUUUCCUAUCAUUCUGGAAUGGGAAUGGUCAGUAGAGAAUUUUCAGAAUGGCAUUCUUCUCAGGUACUAGAAUAAGUGGAAUGGCCUUCAUUCCAUUCCGAAAUAGAAACGCGGGAUUAACGAACGCACACUUAUUCUUUUAUUAUCAUUCUCAUUCCGGAGUAAUGAAAACAGUCGCGCUUAGAUAGUUGUAUAACGUACAGCUCAUAUUGGUCAACGAGCACUGUACUAUACUUGAAGCUUAUAGUAUCAUAUUUAACAAUUAUUCGCCGAAGGGAAGUAAAUGGCGGUGAAUGGCGAGGCUAUCCACUUGGCGGGGACUCAAGAAGACAAAUUUUUCUUUAAUCAUUUUAUCGAAUUUCCGACAUUGUUUACCUCUUGUCGCGUAACAGUUUUGUUGAUGUUCAUAUCUGUUUUGCGAUUUCGUUCGCUCUGUACAUUGAGAACACCAAAUUCAUUCUGUUUAUCGUAGAAUUUUUUUCUUUCGCUUUGAAUCCUCCACAGAACAUAAGGUAUAUUCAACUAAAAUACUUCUCUUGAUUGUUGAUACAUUAUGCAGGUUAAACUUUGAGUAACUUGUUGUUUCCUCCGUAUAAAGUGACGAUAUGCUGCUUUCCUAUGUCGCAAAAAAAAAAGAAAUAGCAAACUUGAAUUUGUCGCGCGCGUUGCAAAAAUUGUCGAAAACAGCCGAUUUCCGCAGCCGCAUUUCGACAAUGAAUCUAGAUUAAUUUAAGCAAAAAUUCUGUUUUAAUUUAAAGCUCGAUAACUUCGGGUGCGAAAAGCCAAUUUCCGCAGCCGCAUUUCGACAAUGAAUCUAGAUUAAUUUGAGCAAAAAUUCCGUUUUAAUUUAAAGCUCGAUUACUUCGGGUGCGAAAAGCAAGUUUUUUUAUGGUAAUAUCGAAAAUCGACUCAUUAUUCCGAGCCUUAGCGGUGAAUCCCGACAUAGCGAGCCAAUCAGCGCGUGUUUUUAUGAAGUUCCCGCCAAGUAUAUAUAAUAAAGAGUAUUAUAGAGUUAGUAGAGCAAUUUUUCAUUAUUCUACUGCUAAAUAAAUCGCUUUUGCCUUCAAACUAACAAAAUUAAUUGCAUUUUGAUUGGUAAAGCACUGAAACCAGAAUGCGGUUCUCGUCGGUCACAGAAUGUUGAAAAAAUCGCAAAAUACUUUAGAGGAAUUCUCCGCCUUAUUUGAUGUGAGAUGAGUAAAUCACCUAUUUCAAAUGAGUCUGCGUUUCGAGAAUCCAUGAUCCUAGCUUCGUUGCCUCCAGGGUAUCAGAUACAUAUAUAUAUAUAUACAGGAUAUAGGUUUAGGAAAACCGUAUUUCUUCUAUCGCUUUUUUGCUUGUGAACGCCAGACUGAAUUUUGGUCAACAACCUUACUAGCAUAUCUUCUUGAUCGAAAGAGCAGGUUACCAUCACAGCACAUCAUAGUAGAGGGAGAUGGAUAGGAAACCCAGCGAAUUUGAAAGGACAUAAACAAUAGGCGCUCUCUGAUGAUCACGAACGUGCACAAACCAAAUGUACAGUACCAAGAAAACAUAUGGACAAGAUUUAUAAACAUAUGAAAAAAACAUUGUCGUUUGGAUUUCUGGUACUGAGGAAUUCUAGUUUCUUUUCAGAGACUUUCUCCAUUGACUAAAGAUGGUCACAGUAACUGCUUUUCUCUUCUGAUUAUAAGCCAUAAAGUUUGCGAAGCACCUGCGGUACGGCAGCCUUAAGAAUGAAAAAAAUGCCAAAUAAGGAAUAUAUUAGUUUCCUUAAGGAACGUCCAUUUAUGAUCCAGAGAGGGGCGGGGGGGGGGGGGGGGGGGGGGUGAAUGCGUGAUAAUUUUGAUAAAAGUAAGGGAUAAAUUUACACACACGCACACCUCCAGAAAACCGAAGAAAGAAGAAGCAAAGCCAGGAACGCAAACGACAAUUAGUUGCCCCCCCUCCCCUUCAGGAGGAACAAAAUUUUCCAGCCCCCCCCCCCCCCCCCCCCUCUUAUGCUUCCCCGAUAUUUUCGCGUAUUCGGGCACAAAUCGUUUAUUGGCUUAUUUGAAACUUUGCUAUUUUUUUUUUUACUUUCUUUUAAUCUUUGUUAGUUUUAUACAGCAAUGUAAAUGUUUAUACAAGUGACGAGGCGUUGAGAGUAGAGCUCUAUCUAACAAACUCGGUGAGCUUUUAUGGCAAGUAUAGAAGCGUUUGUACGAAUCUACAUCAACACUGAAGAUUUUCAUAAAGAUCGAAGUGCGGUAUUGAUGCAAAAAACGAUUCUUCUUUUUUUCCAUAUAAUUUUUUGUACUGUACGCUCGACUUGUGCACUGUUAUGGUCAGAUAACUCGGAAGAGAACAAUAACAUGCCUCUUUGAAGUUCGCCGGGGUUUUCAACCCUCUACUAACUACUAACUAUGAGCACAUGUAGUUGUUGGUCUCGCAGUUUAGAGUAUUAUAUAGACUUAUUUAGACUGUAUAUAACAUAAGUGCUUUUACUACAUCGAAGCGCUCUAUUAAGGCUAUUAGGCUAUAAGAAAAUAAAAAUUAUUUUCAUGAGA